AUGGCACCCAAGAAGAUUGAACCAAAGAAACCCGACCCUAAAAAGCCAGAACUCAAGGCCUCCCCGGUUUCCAAGCCGGUUCCUACUCACGAGCUGCCGGAGCAACCCAAGGAACCAGAUUUCGAUCCCAAGAGCAUCACCCUCGAGUUCACCCCCGAUCAAAUAGAGGAAUUCAAGGAGGCGUUCACUUUGUUUGACCGAACGCCAACGGGUGAGAUGAAAAUCACGUACGCCCAGUGCGGGGACGUCAUGCGAGCGCUCGGGCAGAACCCGACCAACGCCGACGUGCUCAAGGUGCUCGGCAAGCCACGGCCGGAAGAGAUGAGCAGCAAAAUGGUGGACUUUGAGACCUUCUUGCCGAUGCUGCAGCACAUUUCCCGCUCCAAAGAUCAAGGGAACUUCGAAGACUUCGUGGAGGGCCUACGAGUGUUCGAUAAAGAGGGCAAUGGCACCAUCAUGGGCGCAGAGUUGCGUCACGUCCUGGCGACGCUGGGAGAAAGGAUGACGGAAGAUGAGGUGGACAGACUCAUGGCUGGACAGGAGGACGCCAACGGCUGCAUCAACUACACCUCCUUUGUCAAGCAUAUUCUUUCCGGAUGA